UGAAUACUCUAAUUCAGUGUCGUUGAUAAAAGUCACAGGAGCUAUCAGCACCGCUGACCAACUUACUGGCUUUGACAACAUUGUAAACAGCUAGCUAGUUAGCUUGUUAGCUAACAAGUUAGCAAAACUGACCGAUCAAAUAGUCGAGCGACGUGACACCUGUAGAAACAAUAAGCUGCCCAUUCUGGAUCGAAGGUCUAGUACCAGGAGAUCCGAUUGCUCGCUUGCAGCCAAUCGCCACAGUGGUUGUUGAGGGGAGGGUGAACGGUCCGCUGACAGCGUUCUGCGGGCGGUCACGUUUCAAAGCGACUCCUGAAACAUUUAGCCGGUGGAGAUGUUUGGUCGGGCGCUGGGGAAGACGCUUGGUUUCCUAGGAUACACGCUGCAGUAUGGCUGCAUCGCUCACUGUGCCUUCGAGUACCUGGGAGAGUUUGUGUCGUGCUCAGGUCCCUCCAUGGAGCCCACCAUAGUGAACCAUGACGUGGUCUUCUCAGAGAGAGUCAGUCGACAUCUCUAUAGGAUCCAGAAGGGAGACAUCAUCAUCGCCAAGAGCCCGUUCGACCCCCACAUGAACAUCUGUAAACGGGUCAUCGGCUUGGAGGGGGACAAGGUCUGUACGAGUGGACCCUCAGACAUCUUCAAGACACACACUUAUGUUCCUAAAGGUCACAUGUGGCUGGAGGGAGAUAACCUCAGGAACUCUACAGACUCCAGGAGCUACGGUCCAAUUCCCUACGCCCUGAUCCGGGGGCGUGUCUGCCUCAAGCUUUGGCCUCCUCAGAAGUUUGGGCCGCUCGACCAGAGCCCAACAGGAAGAAUCAUCGAGACUCGGAACGAUUGAUUCUCACCAGCUGUGUACAGACUUGUCAUUUUCUAUUCGUAAUAGGUUGUUUUUUGUCUUUUUAAUAAAGAAGUAUUUAUAAGUAUUUACAACUUC